CGUCGGCGAGCAGUCCUGUGUUUUCUUCUCGUAGUCUGUUGAAACUGACAUCGGUUUCGUGAAGGUCACCAGCGGGAUCGGGCGGGCUGCAGCUGCCCACCCUGCGGACUGGAUUCGGGGAGCACAAGGCGCUUUGGCAAGUUGUAAUAAUCAGCGCAGCUCGUCGCCUCCCCGCUCCAUAAUGAGAUUAUGCCAAGGCUGAGAAAGAAAGCAACGCAAAGCGAAAUCAAAAGGGCUUGUGGGACCGAGUGGGCUCCAAGCGUCCUGCAAACGCAAAUGAGUGAGAGCCCCGUGCCGCAGAGACUGCGAAGCGGAGCGAGCGCCACUGACCUAAAUUGAGCGCUCGAGGAAGAGCUGAGCCGAGCGGAGCCAAGUCGUGGGCAAGGACUCGGGAAUCCCAUCUCUCCCAAAAGGCACCGCACCUGGGCGGAUCCUUUGGCCAGUCCGGUACCGUAGUGCCGGUGCUCAGUCCACGGAAGACCGGCCGAGGAAUGUAUGUGGGGAACCGCUGAGUGAACACACGGAUAGCAAUUUGUGAACCGAACUCUUGAACAGGAUGCUUCGGAACAAAGGUUCCAUCCAUGCCAUGCAGGUGCUGGUCAUCUGGAUUCGCUGGGUCGGGGGCACCAGUCCUGACCAGUCGUGUGAUUCACUUCCAGCGACAUCGGAGAACAUCACAGGUUUGCAUUGUAAUUUCUCAGUUGAUCUUAUUGGGACGUGUUGGCCCAGAACAACAGCAGGGAGAGUCGUGUCCAGGUCCUGCCCCGAAUAUUUGUAUGGGGUCCGGUACAACACCACAAAUAACGUCUACAGGGAAUGUCUCCUGAAUGGAACGUGGGCAAUAAAAGUGAAUUACUCUCAGUGCCAGGAAAUCCUCAAUGAAGAGAAAAAGAGCAAACUGCAUUACCACAUUGCUGUGAUCAUAAAUUACAUGGGCCACUGCAUCUCCCUGGGGGCCCUGCUGGUUGCCUUCAUCCUCUUCAUGCGUUUACGGAGCAUCCGCUGCCUCCGGAACAUCAUUCACUGGAAUCUGAUUACGGCCUUCAUCCUGAGGAAUGCCACCUGGUUUGUGGUGCAGAUGACCAUGAAUCCUGAGGUCCACGAGAGCAAUGUGAUCUGGUGCCGACUGGUAACUGCAGCCUAUAAUUACUUCCAUGUGACCAAUUUCUUCUGGAUGUUUGGAGAAGGCUGCUACCUGCACACUGCCAUUGUCCUCACAUACUCUACUGACAAGCUGCGGAAGUGGAUGUUUAUAUGCAUCGGUUGGUGCAUUCCCUUCCCAAUAAUUGUGGCAUGGGCGAUUGGAAAGCUUUACUACGACAAUGAAAAGUGCUGGUUUGGCAAGCGUGCAGGAGUUUACACCGACUACAUCUACCAGGGACCAAUGAUUCUUGUUCUGCUGAUCAACUUCAUUUUUCUCUUCAACAUUGUGAGGAUCCUAAUGACGAAGCUCAGGGCCUCGACGACAUCAGAGACAAUCCAAUACAGGAAAGCUGUGAAGGCCACCCUGGUUCUGCUGCCCCUUCUUGGGAUCACAUAUAUGCUCUUCUUUGUUAACCCUGGAGAGGAUGAAAUUUCUAGAGUCGUCUUUAUAUACUUCAAUUCAUUUUUGGAGUCAUUUCAGGGCUUUUUUGUGUCGGUCUUCUACUGUUUUUUGAACAGCGAGGUCCGUUCAGCAGUCAGGAAGAGGUGGCAUCGCUGGCAGGAUAAGCAUUCCAUACGAGCCCGCGUAGCCAGAGCUAUGUCUAUUCCAACCUCACCUACACGGGUCAGUUUCCACAGCAUCAAGCAAUCCACAGCUGUUUGAUGGCUAAACAGGAAUUAGAAGAUGGAGGACACAGAGUGUGGGAUGAAUGAUGGCGACUCUACUUUGGGAAUGGAGACUCAGUGGAACAUGACUGGAGUGCUGGAGUUGGAGAGGGACAGAUUGGAGCACAUGUACCAUCAAGUACUUUGGGUCUUUUGUGGUUUAGCAUGAGUGGUCUUCAUUACCUUGGGGACAAGGUGGCAGGAGGACGCAUGAUGUAGAAGGACUCCCCAUCAAGUGUUGGCAUUGGCUUAAUGCCUAAUUGCUCAGCUUUCAGUGGAACUCCUUUGGAUCCUUUGAGGAUUUUAACAAUGAAUUGAUAGGACCUUCAUGCACAAGUUAAGUAGGAAUAGCCAAAGCUGGAUGGCUCUCGACAUUACUAUGGAUGCGUCGUAUCCUGAAAGGCUUUGGGUACUCAAGCAAACUCAGUAUGUCACUCAUCAGACGCACACUUGGACAGAAGACAGAAUACGUAAACUGCACAAAGAUGGCCAGGACACAUGUUGUGGGAUGAGGUGUGUGUUGUGCCCCUUCUAAGGACUAAUAGACAAGCCCACCACAGGCUAUCCCACUUUACACUUGUUCUGUUGUGGAAACACUAUGGCACCAUUUAGAGGUCCGCUCUGGGCAGGACACCAGGCGAUCACAAGGCACACUGACAUAAUAUCCAUAAAGGUCACCAAUUCACACAGAGGACAUGCCUUUGGGGUAUGGCAGGGGAAGUGGUGGUGCUGGAGUACCUGUAAGGGAAACCCACACCAACACAGAGAGAACAUACAAACUCUACACUAAUAACUGGACAGGGAAAUGAACCUAGGUCUCAGGAAGCCAUUUUAAUUUAGGGUCCAAUUAAGAUCAUUCAGAAUGAAGAUCUUGACAGUAACACCUCCAUGUAAUUCAAGCAUCAUAUAGUCACUGGCAUCAGUGGGUAUUGCUGGCUACACAAUUCAGUGGGCCAUGGCAACCAUGACUGUGGUACUGAGCUUAUGGCUGACUUCAUGUUUAAUGGGAGGCCUCCCUUCAAAACGCUUCAUGGCUUUAAAGGUUUAGCUAUGAAGACCCUCUGGUUCUUGGGGUUGGUGGGACAAACUCAGUUUUAGGAAGCUGGCACUUGAUGAUAUGAUAACGCAAGUGCUGGCAGUUUGCUGGAAAUGGAGGACAAUCAUGUUUAGUACGAGUGCCAUCUUGGUGGCUUUGCCAAUAGGGAGUCCUGGGCAGGGAGAUGGCACUGGGUUCAAGCUGUGCAUCUUUGUGUUCAUGUUACAAUCAGAGGACUAGGGCAGUGCCACGUUCUGAAGACCUGUUGGUCUGAUGGAGUGUUGAGUAUUUUUCAGGUCAGACUGGAUCUUCACUUGGGACUGGCAUAUUGGUAUCUUGAUACCAGGAGGUGCAACUGAAGUCCACUUUUCAGACCUUUUACAUGCAUCUCAGACAGCAUCCCGCUGAGCCCCUUAUUAUUUGAAGUUCACCAGCAGCCACCAGUAGGUUUGGCUGGUGGUGCAAGUCAGAACUUAACUGGGCAUUGAGCUUGUGGGAGACUCCAUUCAGCGUUUCAUGCCUCAAUUAUUGUUUAGCAGGAGGACCCCCUACAAAGCUCUUCAUGGCCUUAAAGGUUUGGCUGUGAAGCCCCUCUUUUUCUAGGAGUAGUAGAUCAAAGUCACGGUUUAGGAAGCUGGCACUUGGUGAUAUGAUAAUGCUAGUGCUGGCAGUUUGCUGGAAGUGGAAGGAAUGAUGUUCAGUACAAGUGCCACCUGGGCUGACUUUGUCAAUUGUAAUCUUUAGAAGGUGGCAGCACGCCAGUUUUAGGUAGGGCUGUCAAUUGUGAAUGGUGGUCCUAGACAGAAAACCGGCAGUGGGAUGGAACUGUGCAUCUUUGAUGUGAUGGUCUGGGCUCAUGUUACACUUAGAAGACUAGGACAGUAGCACAUCUGAAGACCUGCUGGUCUGGUGAAGUUUUCACAUUUUUGAGUUAGACUGUACACUCACCCAGGAUCAGUAUAUCAGCACCCCACUCCCUGAAGCGCUUUAAGUAGUGAGAAAGGUAAAUGUAAAGAAUUCUUAUUAUUAAUACAAGAAGGUACUUUUCAGACGAUGGUGGUGUUGGUGCAUCAUAGGCUGCAUUCCACUGAGCUCCUUGUCAUUUGUUCUUCACUGACACCAGUAGCUUUCUUGGACCAAGUCUAAAGGCCUAACUGGAGCACGGAGCUCAUGGAUAACUUCAUUCAGCAUUUUGUGGCUCAGCAGAGGCCUGUCAUAGUGUCCCUCUAUAAGACCAAGGAAGACAAAGUGUUUCAGAAUUUUGCCUACUAUGCCAGGCAACCUGCCUUUGCCCUACACUGUUAUCAGAUGCCAUUUUGAAAAAUAGAAGCUGAAACUGAAAUUUAGAACUUCAAAACUUUAAACUCCUCCCAUUUCUUGCUCAUUUCUUUUUGGAAAAGCUAAAUAAGGGAUCAUUGUUUGACCUCAGCACCACAGGUGACUGCCCUCACGUUAAAGUGUGCCGUCAGGGAUUAAACAUGGGCAUGUGUAGGUUCUUCUUAGAAUCACGUAGAGCAGGUGGCCGGUCUAUUUUAGGUUUGACAACUGUUGUAUUCCCCGAAAAGCUGAGCUGACCAGGAUGGCUAGGCUAUAGCAGAAGGAGCCUUUGUGUUAUGUUUCCCAGUACGUUGGAUCCUGGAAAACGUUAUAUUGGCUUUACUGAUUAAUCAGCUGGCUGGUUUCUCUAACUACGAGAGUCACUUCCCAGUAUACCCAGCAACCUAUGUUUCCAAAUCACAUGCCCCAGUGUUUGGAAUUUGACUAGAAGAUGUUUUCUGGGUUCUGCUCCAGUUCCACACUGCUCUUUGUUUAUUCUCAGCAUGCCAGUCGACAGUUCAAAUGGGUGUGAUUUCCCCUCUUUAUUCCCAGUAUCCUAAAUUAGGUCCUGUGCAAGGAGUAUAAAUCAGAUGAGUUUUCAGUCUCAGUUCCCAGUGAGCCUACUUUACUUGUGGUGAACAAGGCCAGUUUUAACCACAAUUCCCAGUAUUUCCUGCGUUAGCUGUGGUGUAACAAAGAUCAAUUUCUGCCCCCCUUGAUUCGCAGUGUGCUAGUCGGUGUGCUGGAGAUCUUACUGGCAGUCACUCUCAGUAUAGCCGAGUUCAGUGCUUCUGCUGUGGCUGUUUCUUUUGUAGCAUAACAGAAUGUGGUUGCCUAGUAUUCCAGAAUUAGUGAACCUAUUGGUUUUGCAUGCACAGUCACUUCUUGAUUCCCAGUAUUCCUGAACAGGACUGGGUUACUCUCCCAAUUCUCAUUAUGCCUACUUCAGUUGGUCAAUCGGUAGUGGAAAUAGAAUCAUUGUCCUCACUUCAUUCUUAGUUUUUGCUAGUUUGUCUGUCCAUGGUGCAACCUGGAUUGCUUUUCUAACUUGAUUCCCAAUAUUACCGAGUUAGCUACUGUCUGUCUGAAGCAACCGCAGUUAGAUUCCUCAGUAGUGUUAGCCAUUUGGUCCUCAGCAUGACAAGGAGCACUUUCUUAUCGAUGAUGGGUAUACAGGAGUUGGCUGGCCUGUCUGUGCUGUAACUGGAAGGUGUUUUCCCGCUCUGGCUGGUGUUCCCAGAUUAGCUCCUGUAACUGUGUUGUAAUCAGGAUCAAUGUCAUUUGCCAGUUCCUAUGAUCUCAUUAGCUAGUGAAGUUUGGAAUGCCUGUUUUACAAACAACUGUUUUACUGGAAGUGCCUUUCCUUCUUCAUUCCCAAUAUUCAUGAGUUACCUAGUGUAACCAGUGAUGGUUUCCUCCCUGAAUUCAUUGUAAUUGCUCUUCUGUCGUUGAUGUUACAAGGGUCAUUUUCCCAUCUUAAUUCGUAGUAUUUUUGAGUUUUCUAGACUAUUGCUGGUGUGACCAGGAUGGUUUUACUUUCUUGAUUCCCAUUAUAUAUGUUGGCUGUCUAUCUCAGUGCCCAGUAUGACUUAAUUUGUCCAUGACUUAACCCAGAUUCUAAUUUAUAGUAUUCCUGAGUUUUCUGGUCUAUCAAUGGUGGAAUCAGCUUCAAUCCAUAUUCUCAAUUCAUAGUAUACCUGUGUCAUCUGGAGUACAUAUGGUUUAACCAGGAACAGUCCUCUCUAUUGACUCCCAUCAUGUAUCUUGGUCUCUCCUUAGAAGCACAGAACUCAAAAAGGAAACUAAACUUGGUUUCAUCAUAGACAUCAGCUAAUGGUGUUUAUUGAGAUACUGUAAGUAAUACUAAGGUUUCUUUGGUCUACCAGUUGUGUAAUGAGAAUCAUUCAUCCCUUUCACUACGUGGAAUUCCUGGUGCUAUAACAAAGAUCAGCAUCCCCUCUCAAUUCUUGGUGUUCCUUAGUUUUUAGACUAUCAGUAUUGUAAUCAGAUUGGUUAUCCUUCUCAGUUCAUGAAAUUCCCAACUUCUUCAGGCUCUGGGUGGUGUCACUUGGAUUGGUUUCCUCUCUUGAUUCCCAUUUUGCCUGUUGGUGUGUUUUGGUAUUGCCUAUCUCGAUGACCAGUAUUGCCUGCUUUGUCUGUGAUGUCACACAGAUCAGUUCCCCUCUCAAUUCAUAGAGUUAUCUGGACGAUUGGUGUAGUAAGCAGGAUUGCUUUCUUGAUUCAUUCACUUUUUUCCCUCUUUCCGGUGUUAUCACCUAGUUUGCUUGUGAUGUACAUGUUUCCGCCCUCAGUUGUGGUAUCCCUUCAUUUUCUUGAUUAUUAGUAGUGUAACUGGGAUCAGUCACACCUCUCAUUUCGUGAAAUUCCUUAAAUAUCUGUGAUGUUACAGGACUGGUUUCCUCUCUUGGUUCCCAGUAUUUUUUUUUUUGAUGUCACAUAUCUCAAUAUACGGUAUUGACUGAUUUCUGGAGUGAAAACCAGAUCACUGGAUUAGGUUCUCUAGAUUAUUGCCAUUUCUUAAAUUUCUGAACCAGAAAUGGUAUAACUGGGACCAGUUAAACCUUUCACUACAUACAAUUUCUGUGUUAUCUGGGUUAUUGGUAGUGUACCCAGGUUGGUUUCCUCCUCUUGAUCCCAGUAUGCCUGUUUUGGUGUUACGUGUCUCCAUCCAUAGUGUUACCUGGUAUGCCUGUAAUGUAACCAGGGUCAUUUUUCUGUACUGUGUAUUGCUGAUAAUUGGAAAAGUAACUGGGAAUGAUUGUCCCUCUCAUUUCAUGGAAUUCCUGAAAUGUCUAGCCUAUCAUCCAUAAUCGGUGUACUCUGCUGAUGGCUCUGAGGCCAGGUAUCUGCACUGGCAAUCGGCAGGUUGCUGGUUCGAGUCCCGUAAAUGCCAAAAGGGACUUUGCUCUGUUGGGCCC